GGCCCAAGCACCUCCAGUUGUCCUUCUUUCCUUGGGAGAGUAGACUAAUCUCGCGGGGAAGCAGCCACUACUGAUCAAGCAAAAGAUGACCGGCGGCGAAGAAGUCUCCGGCCCCGCCGGCUCGAAGGUCCUCCGCCUGCUCUACUUCGUCGGCGCCGGAUUCAUCUGCACUGCUGCGAUCAACAAGUGGCGCGAGCUGGAGAGGAAGUCGCUUCAGCGGCAGCAGCAACAACAGGAACUGUUGAAUGCUCAGACGCCGCACAGCCAAGCGAGUCCGCUUAGCAAGCCUCUCGAUUGAUCCUUCCUCCGUCAGGUUCUUUUGCUAUUGCGUGCUCUGAAAGUCUUCCGGAAAAAAAAGGCCCUGUAAUGUCGAUCGACAAAUAUGCUUCAAAAAGCAGUUUCUUUAUGUUGUCACUGCCUUGUUCUUCACUCCUGAGAUAAAGAGCCAUAAUGUGGACUCCUUUGGUGAUGAAAUGAUAGUAUUCUGUUGAUUCAUGGAAACUUUAAUUUUUUA